UCAUUCGGACAAGGGUAGCGUUGACUCACGAUCAAGGGGGGUACAGACCGUGUUAGAAUGUAGAGUUUACCUGACAUAGAACAACUACCGAAAAUCCCCCCGAUGUGAGUCAUCGAACCAAUUUUGGAUGAUCUUGCCAACGAUCCGGCAGACUACUUUCGCUAAUGUCAAUUCCUGUUCUUGCUUUUCCCCCUGGUACGGGUUCUGACAACUUAGGCCGUCUUUUUGAGGCCAACCCGCCAUUUAUAUCGCCCACAAAGUCACUGAAACCUUGAGGAUAUGUGCUAGAACCUGCGAAUGCUGCCCAGCAUUGGGAUAAACUGUCACUUGGGGCAAAAGGCGGGAAUGUUUUGCUCCACAUCAACGUCACUUAAAAGCGACAAUUGGAAUAUUAAUAUCAAGGAAUAUAUGAACUCGCUGACCGAUGAUUUAUUUGGAAACUCUCUUCGAAGCAAUCGUAAGGUUCUGAUGAAUAACCGCGAUGACGUCACAAAACUAUUUUUCCGCGUUUAUCCACAUAUAUCUGGGGUUCAGCUUUGUGACGUCACAAUUUAUGCAGCAAGGAGCAGUGAUUGAGGUAUCACCGCAGGGUGGGAUCGAGGGACCACCGGGGCGGGAGUACGAGAUCAAGUGCCGGGCGAGCUGGUACGGAACACCGCCCGAGAUCGAGUGGACGCUCGACGGCCGUCGCAUCUUCGACGGUAACAAGUACGUGAUCGACAUCGAGCAGACCCCCUUGGAAGACGCGACGAUCAGCUCCCUCUUCAUCCAGAGCGCAUGGCCGCAGGACUCCGGGCGGUAUGGCUGUCGGAUGCAGGCGCCCGCAUUCGGGCUCGCCAGUACCACCUUCAAAGUCUUUCCACGACCGAUUCUAAUGCCGUCCCCUCAUCAAGUGAUUGAUCGUGACACCAACCUUACCUUACAAUGUCCUUCCCGAGGGAACUUCGGUGGAAACCUUUUUUGGUUUAAGGAUAACAUAGUGAUCGGUGGGCAAGCUGGGAUGUACGAUGUGAACAGAGACAGGAUACCAGACUACUGGGUCGUAGACAACGAAAGGAUGAUGAUCGUAAACGCAAACAUCAACAGUGCAGGGGUCUAUACCUGCCAGUAUCGCUACUUCUUCCGCGGGAUGCACCAGAACGUUGCAGAGAUGAUCAACGUAAACUUUCCCGUUGAAUUGGUAACAAAACCAUUAAUACGAUGGCAAGAGCUUCCAAACUCCGGACCCCUUCGGCUCGAAUGCAAGGCCCGUGGGUUCCCCCGCCCAAGAAUAGCUUGGACCUACUCCAACUUCACGUUCGAAAGCGGGGGUUACAUGGAUAAAAAUGUCAGCAUUGUGACGAGUCCGCAAUCGCAGACCAUUGUUACGUCAGUCCUAAGCGUACGUCACAUGCCAGACAAGUUCAAUGUUGCCCGUUUCAACUGCUCAGGGCGGAACAGUGUAAGCAAGGCCAGCAAGCUUAUCAUGGUAGUAAAUAUGGGUGGAACAUCGGAACAGAUUCCAAACAGAGGGCCGAAUAGCGGUACUUCAACCAGUGAUGCCAGCAUCGGACAUGAACCAAGGUUGCCCUUAGUGGCCUUAACAACAUUCUGCAUACUCACCAAAUCACUUUGGGUUUGGAGAUGAACCAACAAACACGUUAAGAAUAAAAACAGAAAUACACAUUUGAAACCAAUUCUCUUGCUUAUUUCAUUUCCAUCGAAACAUAAUUAGAGUAAUGUCAAUCUGAUUCAAAUUGAUAGGUUUACAUCAAAAGCAUUAUAAAAUAGAGCAUAUAGAAAUGAA